UUAUACUUUGAUUGUUGUCUUGUCACGAGUUGUCGAGCGAGAUUCAUACUUCCUGGUUAGUUAUUCAGGAAAAGUGAUUUUCGAAGCUUUUGUAGUCGCCUGUUUCAUGUUCGCUAGCCUACAAGCGCCACAUCACAAACUCUUGAGGGAUACGUUUUGGAAAAAGCAAAGCAGUCACCGGAUUCAACUACUGUCAUCAUCGCAACUUGGACCAAAUAACGGCCGCCACUGCUAGCGAUUUCCCGUUGUCAUUUCUCAACGUAGCUAGCUAGUUCGGUGAACGGUUUUGGGUGGUGAAAAACAUCGAACCGUGCAAAAUGACGGUGGCGGCUUCAAACUGGGGUUUGAUCAUGAACGUGGUCAACAGCAUCGUUGGAGUGAGCGUGCUGACCAUGCCUUUCUGUUUCAAACAGUGUGGGAUAGUGCUAGGGACUCUGUUGCUGUUCUUCUGUUCGUGGAUGACCCACCAGUCAUGUAUGUUUCUGGUCUACACGGCCAGCAGCACCAAACGCAGGACCUAUGCUGGCCUAGCUUUCCAUGCCUAUGGCAAACCAGGCAAAACACUGGUGGAGACCAGUAUGAUAGGUCUGAUGUUGGGGACAUGUAUUGCCUUCUAUGUCGUCAUCGCUGACCUGGGCUCUACUUUCUUUGCCCCGUUGUUGGGCCUACCGGUGUCAUUUGGUUUCCGUGUGCUGCUGCUGAUUGUGGUGUCUCUGUUCAUCGUGCUGCCUCUCAGUCUGCAGAGGAACCUGAUGUCAUCCAUCCAGUCCUUCUCUGCCAUGGCCCUCAUGUUCUACACCUUCUUCAUGUUCACGAUGGUGCUGUUUUCAUUCAAACGUGGGCUGCUCAGUGGCUUGUGGCUGGGGCGGGUCAGUAUGGUGCGCUGGGACGGCAUCCUUCGCUGCCUCCCUAUCUGUGGCAUGGCCUUCGCCUGUCAGUCGCAGGUGUUGCCUACCUACGACACUCUGGACGAGCCCUCCAUCAAACGCAUGAGCACCAUCUUCACCACCUCCCUCAACGUCGUCACCACCUUCUACAUCACGGUGGGAUUCUUUGGCUACGUCAGUUUCACGGAGGACAUAGCCGGUAACGUUCUGAUGAACUUCCCUUCUAACCUGGUGACUAAGAUGAUCCGGGUGGGUUUCAUGAUGUCAGUGGCGGUGGGCUUUCCCAUGAUGAUACUGCCCUGUAGACAGGCCAUCAACACCAUGCUGUUCGAACAACAGCAGAAGGAUGGGACGUUUACUGCAGGGGUGUACAUGCCUCCAACGCGCUUUAAGAUGAUCACCUUCGGCAUCGUCAUCGGAACCAUGCUGGGAGGCAUCUUCAUCCCCAAUGUGGAGACCAUCCUGGGUCUGACUGGAGCCACCAUGGGCUCCCUCAUCUGCUUCAUCUGCCCUGCCCUCAUCUACAGAAAGAUCCAGAAGAAUGGACUCACCGCACAGUUGGUGUUGUGGGUUGGGUUAGGCAUCUUGCUGGUCAGCACCUUCACCACGGUGUCAAUCUCAGCCAGUGACUCCACCCUCAAGCAUGCCCCUCCUCCCCCUGCAGCUGACAAGAGAGCCGUCUUGGGAAUCCAUCCUGACAUGGCUUAUUUACUGAACGCAGUAGAGAAGCCGGUGGUCGCGAAACAGCCUGAGGUGAAGCCUGUGUUGGUGGAGAGGCCUAAGGCCCCUGCUGCUUUAGAGCCAGUCCGUCCAGUAGAGAGACAGCAGGAACAGGCUGAGCCCCCCCAGAUCAAAGGACCUGAACAAGGAGUUCCAGACAGGAAGGAGGAGGAGGAAGUGCAGCUGGACCGCCCUAAUGCAGGUGUGGCGGUACCUGACGGGGAGGCCCAUCGGCACGAGCCGCCCAUCCCCCAUGAUGAGGUCCAGAUAGAGAAGAGGAAGAAUGACGCAGAGCUGGAGGAGGAGAACCAACCUGCAGCGGGAGGAGAAGAGUCUGAGGGUCAGGGAAUGGCGGACCAGGAAGAGGUGAAGAAUAAAGAGGGAGGAGAGGAGGAAGAUAAACUUCCUUUGUUGGUGAAAAAGGAGGAAGUGGGAGGAGCUGAGGUGCAGUCCAAUGAGGUGCUGGAGAAGCCUGACCCGGGGGUGGUGGAAAAACAGGAAGUCCCACUCCUAAAGCAAGUGGAGAAACUUACCCCAGUGAAAGAGGUGCUUGUUGGGAAGGAUGUGGUGGCUGAGCAGGCGCUGGUUCUUCCGGCCAAAGCCCCAGAGGCUGCUGGAAAACGUGAGCCAGCGGCCCCAGUUGCUGAAGCAGUGGUUCCCGUGGCAGCAGAGGGGGCUGCUGUUCCAGAAAUAAAGGAGAGAGGAGCGGAGGACAAGAUGGAUGUGAUACAAAAGCUGGUUGCAGAGGGUCAGUUGGACCAUGCUGCUCUGCUGCAGGUUAUAAAGGAGCAGCAGGAGCAGCAGAAGAGGCUGUUGGACCAGCAGGAGAAACUACUGGCUGUCAUAAAGGAACAGCACCAGGAGAUGCACCCCAAAAUGACAGAUCGAGCUCCAGAGGCCGAUGCAUUAAAGGGGGUCCAGGAGGAGGGGGGAGCAUCCAAACCCAAAGACCCAGCUCAAGAUGGUCCUGCCCUGGCCUCAGACACCAUGGAGCCCGCUGGAGCUCCACAGGCCGGAGGGGCCGAGGCUCACAUCCAGCCCCACAAUGAGCUCCUCCCUGUGGAGAAGAGUGCAGAAGAGCAGGUCUUCAAAGUGGUUGCCUCUGUUGUUGCCAAGGAAAAAGUCCUUCAGGAGGUCCCUAAACGGCCUGUUUUGGCUGAGGCAGCAAUCGUGGCAGGGGCAGAGGUGGAGGCCCCUAAGGAGAGGGACCUUGGGGCUAUGGGAGUACCGCUGGGUCAGAAGGUGUCAGAGGGGAUGAAGGUAGAACCAGCCCAGCCGCCACCUGCCAAAGCUGAGGACGGGGUAGUUAAAGGAGGGGUGGAGGUAGUGGACAAGGCGAAGGAGAGGAUGGAGAAAGAGACGGAAGAAGUGAGGAUUGAUAGAGCAGUGCAGGGGAGGGUGGAGGAGGAACGGUUGGAUAGGGAGAGGAGAGAGAAACUGUCGAGAGAGCAGGAGAUAGAAAAAUCCAGAGUAGAGAAAGAGGGAAUAGAGAAUGAGAGGUUGGAAAAGGAGCGAGCAGAGAGGGAGAGUGCGGAGCGAGAGAGGAUGCAGGCUCUGGCUGCAGCUGGGCCAGGAUCUGUCAAACCAGGAUUAGGAGAAGAACUAGGGGCUAUGAAGAAGAGUGGACGGGACCUGAAGGAGAGGGCGACCGUCCAGUCAGACUCCAGCGAUGUUGUUGAAGAGAAGACCCACAAAGGCCACGACCAGGGGGUCCAGGAGAAGGCCAGGGACCAAGGAGACAUGGACCUGAGAAGGAGGAGGAGAGCCCUGGGGGUAGGAGUGGUAGGGGAGGCUUGGCGUUCCAGGAGGGGUGUGCCGGGGCUGGAGUCCUUCUUGGACAUGGGGGGGGAUCUCCAUGCAGCCCUAGAGGGACCGCUACUGGGGGUAGCACUGGUACACACACGCCAGAUAAAACAGACCUCUGAGCUUGAGGGAGACGAGUAACUGGGAGUGGGUAACGGUAUACACACACAUGAAUACGGUAUAACAUACACUCACGGACAGUUGGGUUGGACUGUGCAAAUCCCUGUAUUCACACAAACACACUCGCAAUACAGUUGGUUAGAAUGUGCACACCUUAUUCUCUCCCUCACACACACACACACACAUGUACAGUGGGUCGUUAUACACGCAUUCAUACUAUCCACAACACACACUCUUUCUCUCCCACACACAGUCAUGUACCAUGGAUCACACUCUGCCUUACCACCGUCUUCAUAAUACCUGACCAGUACAGGAGGAUUGUGAGUGUGUGAGGUGCAUUGAUUGUUAUAGGGAACAUUCUGGCUGCGUUUACACAGGCGACCCAAUCCUGAGCUUUUUAUCAAUUAUUGGCAAAAGAUCUGAUUGGUCAAAAUACCAUGCAUUGGGCUGCCUGUGUAAACAUCCAGUGUGUCUUCAUUUGACCCUAGUCUGUGUUCUUCUACCAAAUAGGAUGCUUUUUUUUUUUGCAUGCUCCUUCCAUGAUUCCAGAAGACAUUGCAGAUAUAGUGAUGAUCAAAUAUAUUGUAGACUAUUCUAUAAAAAUAUGCUGUAUUAUGCUGCCAUAAAUCUAUUUGUAUGUAAAUAUUAACUUAUUUUAGUUUUUUUAUUAAGAAGCUCAAUGCUAUACUGUAAUGUAUGUUAAGCUAUGCAAUACCACAUGCCAAGUUUCCUUUUGUCCUGUGUGUUUGAGAGAGUAAUGCACCACCUAUCCGGCUAUCCAAUGGCUGCAUUUGAGUCACUUGAAAUCCCUUGAUACUUCUAGGUGAUGUGGAGUUUUCGUUUUGACUCUGUAGAGAUUACUUGAUUUGUUAUUGUAGGGCUUUUGUUAAGCCCUUUGAAAUGUAUGUUAGUUAUUGUGAGCUGUAAGUAGUGUAUACCUUAUUUUCUGAACGUAGCUAAAUGUUCUCAUGCUGCUUUUUUUUACAUAAUAAUUUUGGAAAACAUUCAUAGUACAUUUAAUUAAGGAUAAAUGGGUUAGCUUCCUUGCUUCCAUUUUCCUCUGGAUUUUUAACCCGGCUUCCAUUUUGAUGAGUACAUACUGAUACUGUAGCCGUGUUUCUACACUGACUGGUCAAAACAUUAAGAACACCUUCCUAAUAUUGACUUGCAACAACCCCCCUGUUGUCCUCAGAACAGCCUCGAUUUAUCGGCGCAUGGACUUUACAAGCUGUCAAAAGCGCUCCACAGGGAUGCUUCCCACAGUUGUGUCAAGUUGGCUGGAUGUCCUUUGGGGGGUGGGCCAUUCUUGAUACACACAGGAAACUGUUGAGUGUGAAAAACCCAGCAGUGUAGGAGUUCUUGACACACUUUAACCGGUGUGCCUGGCACCUACUACCAUACCUCAUUCAAAGGCACUUUAAUCUUUUGUCUUGCCCAUUCACUCUCUGAAUGGCACACACACAAUCCUUGUCUCAAGGCUUAAAAAUCCUUCUUUAAACUGUCUCCUCCCCUUCACUGAUUGAAUUGGAUUUAACAAGUGACAUCAAUAAGGGAUCAUAGCUUUCACCUGGUCAGUUUGUCAUGGAAAGAGCAGGUGUCAAUGUUUUGUACACUCAGUGUAAUGUACAAUUCCCAAACGUUUUACCCACAAAGGAGUUCUGAAUCCAUAACUCUGGUUCUACAUUCCAUGUUCUGGUUCUACUCUCUCUCCACCAGUGCCUUUCAUACAUGUGAUGUUUUCCAUGACUUAAAGUAAUGUGGUUAUUUUGUUUAGUCAUAUCCUGUGUGUGGGUGCCACUGCUUUGUGCCUUUUAUUGUAACUUGCAGUGAACUGAAUGGGUCAAAGUGAGUAACUGUAUAGAGAUCAGAAUUGUUCCUAUGAAGUGGCUUCUCUAGCAGUGACAGAAUGUAGGCAAAAUACUGGAAUACUUGUAGAGGUGGUUUAUUUAUGCGAUUGAAUUGUCAUCUCUCUGUUCUUGUAGCAUUUGAAACAGUGGCUUUGACUUCUACAAUGGUGCACUGUGCUGUGGCUACUAUAAGGACAAUGAAUGAAAUGGACUCCACAGAGAGAGGACAUCAAUAGUGGCUUCAUAACUGCUCACAUAACUGCUCAUGACUUCUUUAGAAUAAGUUUUUUUCUGUAAAGCUUUCAACUCAUUGUAUUUUUUGAAAAUGUGCAAAAUAUUCAGUUAUAGACUUAUUUUUCUACUGUAUUAUUGACUGUUUGUUUAUUCCAUGUGUAACUCUGUGUUGUAUGUGUCGAACGUGGCCAGGUCGCAAUUGUAAAUGAGAACUUGUUCUCAACUUGCCUACCUGGUAAAAUAAACUGCUUGUUAAAA